GAGCCGAUUUGCAUGCGGCCGCCGCGGCCGCUGCCUGCGCCCGAGCCCGCCGCCGCCGCCGCCGCCGGAGCCCGCGCCCGCGCCCGGCCCGCGCGGCCCCAUGCCUCUGGCGCGGCCCUCGGGGGGGCGAAGGUGAAGACCGGCUCCUAGGAUGAGUGAAGGGGCGGCCGCUGCCUCGCCACCUGGUGCCGCUUCGGCAGCCGCCGCCUCGGCCGAGGAGGGCACCGCGGCGGCUGCGGCGGCGGCAGCGGCGGGCGGGGGCCCGGACGGCGGCGGCGAAGGGGCGGCCGAGCCCCCCCGGGAGUUACGCUGUAGCGACUGCAUCGUGUGGAACCGGCAGCAGACGUGGCUGUGCGUGGUACCUCUGUUUAUCGGCUUCAUCGGCCUGGGGCUCAGCCUCAUGCUCCUCAAAUGGAUCGUGGUGGGCUCCGUCAAGGAGUACGUGCCCACCGACCUGGUGGACUCCAAGGGGAUGGGCCAGGACCCCUUCUUCCUCUCCAAGCCCAGCUCUUUCCCCAAGGCCAUGGAGACCACGACCACGACCACUUCCACCACAUCCCCCGCCACCCCCUCCGCCAGCGGCGCCGCCUCCUCCAGGACGCCCAACCGGAUUAGCACCCGUCUGACCACCAUCACGCGGGCGCCCACUCGCUUCCCCGGGCACCGGGUGCCCAUCCGGGCCAGCCCGCGCUCCACCACAGCACGGAACACUGCGUCCCCCCCGACGGUCCUGUCCACCACGGCCCCUUUCAUCAGUAGCAGCACGCCGGGCUCCCGACCCCCGGUGCCAGGAACCCUCAGCACCCAGGCAAUGCCCUCCUGGCCCACUGCGGCAUAUGCUACCUCCUCCUACCUUCAUGAUUCUACACCUUCCUGGACCCUGUCUCCCUUUCAGGAUGCUGCCUCCUCCUCCUCUUCCUCGUCUUCCUCCAGUACUACCACCACCACACCAGAAACUACCACCAGCCCCAAAUUUCAUACGACGACAUAUUCGACGGAACGAUCCGAGCACUUCAAACCCUGCCGAGACAAGGACCUGGCAUACUGUCUCAACGAUGGCGAGUGCUUCGUGAUCGAAACCCUGACCGGAUCCCAUAAACACUGUCGGUGCAAAGAAGGCUACCAAGGAGUCCGUUGCGAUCAAUUUCUGCCGAAAACUGAUUCCAUCUUAUCGGAUCCAACAGACCAUUUGGGGAUUGAAUUCAUGGAGAGUGAAGAAGUUUAUCAAAGGCAGGUGCUGUCAAUUUCAUGUAUCAUCUUUGGGAUUGUCAUCGUGGGCAUGCUCUGUGCAGCAUUCUACUUCAAAAGCAAGAAACAGGCUAAACAAAUCCAAGAGCAGCUGAAAGUGCCGCAAAAUGGUAAAAACUACAGUCUCAAAGUGUCCAGCACAAUGACAAAGUCAGAAAACUUGGUGAAGAGUCACGUCCAGCUGCAGAAUUACUCAAAGGCGGAAAGGCAUCCUGUGACUGCAUUGGAGAAAAUGAUGGAGUCAAGUUUUGUCGGCCCCCAGUCAUUCCCCGAGGUCCCUUCUCCUGACAGAGGAAGCCAAUCUGUCAAACACCACAGGAGUCUCUCCUCUUGCUGUAGCCCAGGGCAAAGGAGUGGAAUGCUCCAUAGGAAUGCCUUCAGGAGGACACCCCCCUCGCCCCGGAGUAGGCUGGGUGGAAUUGUGGGACCAGCAUAUCAGCAACUUGAAGAAUCAAGGAUCCCAGACCAGGAUACAAUACCUUGCCAAGGGAUAGAGGUCAGGAAGACUAUAUCCCACCUGCCUAUACAGCUGUGGUGUGUUGAAAGACCCCUGGACUUAAAGUAUUCAUCUAAUGGCUUAAAAACCCAACAAAAUGCGUCAAUAAAUAUGCAACUGCCUUCACGAGAGACAAACCCCUAUUUUAAUAGCUUGGAGCAAAAGGACCUGGUGGGAUAUUCAUCCACAAGGGCCAGUUCCGUGCCCAUCAUCCCUUCAGUGGGUCUAGAGGAAACCUGCAUGCAAAUGCCAGGGAUUUCUGAAGUCAAAAGCAUCAAAUGGUGCAAAAACACCUACUCUGCUGACGUUGUCAAUGUGAGUAUUCCAGUCAGCGAUUGUCUUAUAGCAGAACAACAAGAAGUGAAAAUAUUGCUAGAAACUGUCCAGGAGCAGAUCCGAAUUCUGACUGAUGCCAGGAGGUCAGAAGACUACGAACUGGCCAGCGUAGAAACCGAGGACAGUGCGAGUGAAAACACAGCCUUUCUCCCCCUGAGUCCCAUGGCCAAAUCAGAACGAGAGGCACAAUUUGUCUUAAGAAAUGAAAUACAAAGAGACUCUGCACUGACCAAGUGACUCGAGAUGUAGGAAUCUGUGCAUUCUAUGCUUUGCUCAACAGGAAAGAAAGGAAGUUAAAUACAAAUUAUUUAUAUGCAUUAAUUUAAGAGCAUCUACUUAGAAGAAACCAAAUAGUCUAUCGCCCUCAUAUCAUAGUGUUUUUUAACAAAAUAUUUUUUUAAAGGGAAAGAAAUGUUUCAGGAGGGAUAAAGCUUACCACUGAAGCUUUUGGGUAGAAUUCUGAAUCCAAUUUCAGUUAGUCCCAACACUGCCCUCUUUGGCUCUUCGACGUGGGCAAUUCCGAACCUUGGUCCCACAGUGCCAGUGUCGUCAUCAAAAAGCACUGGCAGUUACCUGGUUUCAAAGACAAGAGCUGUGUCUGGAGGGUGGAUGCGCCAGUGAGCAAGUGGCCCCUGCCAUCUGGCUUGCCAGUCCCAACCCCUAAAUUUCUGUUCACCCAAUAGCCUCAUCACAGGUUACGUCAUGUCAACAAAUGUAGUGUUUUCUAUUUGAUUUUCGAAGAAUGGCACAAAGACUCUGGAACAGGAAGGAGGACAGGAGAUAGAGGGGGUGAUCGGGGGCAAUCUUAACUAUUCGUGUGUGCCAUCUUCCUCUGAAAUUUGAAAGUGCAGAAUCUCAGAGGGAGUUAUGAAAUUAUAACAGAAAAAGAGACAAAAAAAAUCACAAUGUCGUGUCACUAAAAUCAUGCUAAUAGAAAUGUUUUUCCUCCAGAUGGUUUGGAGGCUCUGAGGGAGCCUUUCUCAGUUUGUGUGUGCCGUGUGCACGUGUGUGUGUGCGCGAGUAUGUGUGGGCUCGCUCACUCGAGCACAUAUGCUGUAUGCACAUGUGUUCAAUUGUGCGUGUGUGUGCAUGUGUGUGUGUAUUAAGCUUGCUAAAAUUUGUUCUGAAACAUCAGGGAAUCUAUUAAUAAUAUUCAGAAAAGAAAUUCCCUCUUAGAUCUGUUCACAUUAAAUUUUUCCAUUACGUAUAAAGUUCAGUAAGUUCUUAAAUCAAGGUCACUUGCAUGGUGGGGUCCUCUAAAACUCUCGACAAUGUCUAGACCAUUUUCUGAUAUGAGUACUUUUGAGAGGAAUAACUAUUGGCUCAUUAAUGAGGUCAGCAUCACAAAGCAAGUUAAUUGAGGAUGUGUGUUUGCUUUGAGUCAUAUCUACGUAAAUUAUUUACACAAGGCAAUUAACAAAUUGACAGAUUCCAUUUGCUUUCUCAUCAUCCUCAUUACCAUUUAUUUUAUAGCAAGUCUACUACUUGUGGACCAAGGCAUCGGCUUCUGUAGUUAAUAUGGGAAGAAUAAAUUGUUGAAACCACAAAGCCCAGACUAUUCAGUUCACAAGAAGCCCCCCAAAGAACAGUAAAUUGUGUUGUAUGUUCAUUUGGAAUAAAGCAAUAUUUUUACCACUGCUAAGG